AGCAGACUGCAGAGUGUGGACUGUGGGCUGUGGGCCAAAGUUGAGGUUAUAUCAUGUGGUUUUAUGUGUGUUUUGCUUGUAAAUAUAAACAAAAUCAACUUAUUCUACCAAUGUAAUUGUUAAAAAUGGGUGUCAAGACAUUAAAUGAUGAAACACCGUCCACCAAAUAUGUGUUUAACAGGAAAGCUGGCAGAAGUUUAAUAGAACGUCGACCUGUAUUUUCGCCGGAUGGAGAAUCUAUCCUGAUAAUUGUUGAGAAUGUGGUGCGAGUAUACAACAUUCAAACAGGGGAUUGCAUACGCACACUAGAAACUGAGGGAUCAAUUAAUGAGUUAGUAGCUGUACAGUUUCUGGAAGAUGAAGAUUAUAAUUUAUAUGGUUGCUCUGACUCUGGUCUAAUUACAACAUGGACUUGGGAGCAUGGGGCUGUGCUUCGGGAAGUUCAACUCCAAAUACCAAAUUUUGUAAAAGUAUGCACAUUCAACUUAAUAAAUAGCAAUGAGUGUUUCGUCACUAGCCUCAAUAUGACAACACUUCAAGUUUACCUUGCAAGACAUAGUAUCAAAAAUGGUAGCUUAGGAUGUCACUACAUAAACACUAAUGUACCAUACUUUGAGGUUAUGUGUGUGGCUAUAGGUUGGUGCUUUGGUGACAGAUUUGCGGCCAUCACAAAUGGGACAAAAAUCCUUUACAUACAGAAUCUUUAUAAACCACAUUUGAGAACAGAAAUACACAGUCAAAAUGAGUUCAGAAUAUUAUCAGUAGCAGCUCACCAUAGAGAAAAUAUGAUUGCCAUAACUGAUACACUAGGUCGAGUGACUAUCCUCCGUGGGAAUCUGUAUGAUUACAGACAAAUAGCAAGAGAAGUGUUACACUGGCAUGCCUUGCCCCCAUUUGCUUCGUGUUUCUCUACAGAAGGUAACUACCUGAUUACUGGUGGCUUGGAAAAGGUGCUAGUCAAAUGGACCUUGGGUACCUUGGCCCAAAAAGCCCAUGAGAAGAUUUUCAUUCCACGACUACCGGGAUUCAUCAGAUACAUUACAGCCAAUAAUUCCCACAUUGCUGUGACACUUUCGAAUAACUCCGUGGUUAUAGCGAGUUCGCUUAUGUAUGUGGAAACUACAAUCCUAGAGUGCGGAGGGCUGUCGCCCGUAUGCAGAGCGCUCGGUGCGUCGCUCGUCUACUACCGCCCCAUGUCUGCGCUGCUCAUGCCGGGUAGGACUGGAUACUUGCAGCUGUACUCCACUGUUACAAACAAAGUUCUUUACAAUAUCGACAUAACACAAGUAAACAGUCUCACUUCCGAAAGACAUAACCUCAUACCGCUCGAGUUGGAAGUGACAUGUGCGGCGAUAUCCGCCGACGGGUCGUGGCUUGUGACAUCAGAGUACAGGAACGACGGCGUUAACUAUCCCGAAGAAAAAUUGAAGUUCUUUGCUGCAAAGACAAUAAAGUCACGGCCAUUCGGACUGAAUACCUGUGUCGAUCUGUCACACGGGGGAUGCCGAGUUGUGUCGUUAGCUCUUAACAAUAAAGGCGAAUUCUGCGUGUCGUCGGGCACCGAUCAAAAAUUCAGGAUAUGGAAACGCGAAACGACCCAACAUCAUGAAAAAAGGACCCAACAGUAUAUAAAAACAACCGGUUGGUAUUGUUUAACCGCCUGUUACUACUCGUCGGGAAUAGCAUAUCACCUUAGAAAUCCGGUGCAUAACAAAUUCAAAGUAGGAAAAAAUCUCCACGCCAACGAAGUCGUAAACUAUCCGUACAUGAAAGAAAUUACGUAUGACGAUGUUAUAAAGACCAUUUUUAACAUACACAAGAAUGUCGGACAGACCCUCGUGGACAAAAGGGUUGCUGAAAGAAAAGGUCCAAAUGAGUUUUCGAUGGGCGGUGUGGCGAUAUCGCAGGACGGUUCGCUGAUCGCCGCGUGGUUUGGCUGCAAACUUACUCUGUGGGACUCUCAUCUGUGCAAUUUACGGACCACUUUAUCGCAUCCCGCCUUACGACCGAAAGGCGUUAACGUACAGUUUGGAAAUAAUGACGCUGCACAUUACCUAGUUUGUACAACUAACAAAUGCUUGGCCGUGUGGAGUCUUCUGUCCCUCACAAUAAAAUGGAUGGUCCAAAUUGAAACAACUUGUCUGGUAUCUGACCCCUAUAGCAACAAAAUGGCCAUGCUCACCACAAAUAAUGAUGUUUACGUCUUUAGCCCGCACAGUUCUAUUCCAAUAUUGGUACAGAAGGGUCUAUUGGACCCUGCGGCGGGAGUUUGCAAUUAUUGCGCGUUUGGCUCGUCCUCUCCCGAUACCGUGAGACUGUAUGUCAUGAGAAAUGAUUCUGAGAUCUACUGCCUAGAACCAGAGAAGUCAGAAGAAGGUCGUCUAGAAGUGAUAUCUCGGAGGAACCUCCCGCCUUCCGCGUUCAGCGCGCUAAUGGCCGAACAGACUCUCUAUGACGUGAAAUCCUUUACGAACACUGCGACACAGGAAUUGAAUAAGGCUGCGCUUGCAAACACAGCUAUUUCACAGUUUCUAUCAGCCGCCCCUCACAUGGUGCCGCCAGUGAGCAUGCUGUGCCCACUGUUUCUGCAACACAUAUCCGGAUACAAAGAGGUCGAGCAAUCUGACGACGAAGAAGGCCCCAUGGAGGUCGACCUUCCGACCAGCGACGACGAAGACCUGCCAGCUAAGUCCACUCGCACACCUAAACCAGCCCUGCUGUGGGCGCCGAGUUACGAACAAGUGAAAGAAAAGCGUUUAAAGAAAAUGCUUAGAGACCCUCUUUUAGACUUAGAUUUGACAUCAUCAGUGUUUGGUGUAUGAUUUUAGCAAUAAAUUAUAAUUUUAAAAUUUU